AAUGGGUGUAGAGAACCCCUCCUAUGCCCAACUCUGCAUUCCUCCUCUGCACUCUUUUCUUCAAGUUAAUUUUCCCAAACGCCUCCACAGAAAAAAGACGAGAGGAAAACAGCAGAACAGCAGCUGAACCAUCAGAGGAUCCAGGAGUUUAUAUCCUGCUGCUCUGAACAUAACGAUCCUCAUCACAGGUGAAAAGCUGCAUGAUGAAAGAGCUGAGUUUCCUCAGGAGCCACAAAUUUACUCCGCAGGACGUAUUUUGCUGCAAACAGCCAUGGUGUGUCUGCUGGUAUACGUGACUGUCCUGCAUUUGGUCAGCUUGGCCAUGCUUUUCAUCGCCACUCUGGAAAAGUCCUGGUGGGUUUGGACAGAGACAGAAAUCACUGACCUUUGGCACAACUGCUUCUACACGAACUCCACGCAAACCUGGGUUUGUGCAGCAGCCACCGAAAGCGACUGGCUCCAGUCCGUUCAGGCCCUCAUGAUCCUGUCUGUGGUCUUUUCGUCCGUCUCUCUCCUGGUUUUUCUGGGUCAGCUCAUCUUCUUGUCCAAGGGACGUCUCUUCUACUUUACAGGCCUCUGCCAGGCAUUCGCAGGUUUUACAGACUUUGCCGCUUGCCUCAUCUUCACCUUCCACAGAAAGGAGAUUCUAAGUAACUCCAAAGAUCCAAGCAAUGGACGCUUUGGCUUCUGCGUCAUCCUGGCGUGGCUGUGCGUCCCUCUGCUUCUCGUCAGUGGAGUCCUGUACGUCCAUCUGCGAAAGAAGCAGUGAGGCAAGAAGAGAUAAAUACAUAGAGGGAGCUGUUUUCAGAGAAUCUUUAAAUAGAACGAGGUUUAAUAUCCAGGAGUGACGCAUUUUAUUUUCUUUUUUUCUCCUGUAUGGUGAAAUUAUCUUGAUAGCAUCUCAGAAAUUAUUUGAGCUCUAAGCUUGUUGUGUAAUAUGAAGAAUUAUGAAAGAAAAGAAUAAACUCAUAACCUGUUUUUAA